AUGGCCACUCACAUCCCUUGCACCGAGGUCAGAGGGGGUAUCGACCUUGUUUUCUCAAUCAAUCUGGAGGCUAAGCACUACGAGCGUGCAAUGGUCGUGCCCUUAGAGAAUAUAGGAAUCCAGACGGCGAAGUAUUGCAAUGUGGCCGGUCUGGGACUUUUGAUUUUUGACUAUUUCUUAACGCUCGAACCUGAAAUUCGAUGGACAUGGAACAGACGCUGGAACGUCGCUCGUGUUCUUUUUGUAAUUUCACGCUACAUGGCCUUUGUAGCAGCCGGCAUGACUUCAUACGCUGUCCUUGCUACACGAGCGAACGAGAAUGACGACGAACACAGUGCUCGAACUUCAGCAGGGCUUCAAAUGGUGAUCGAUACCCUGAACAUUCAGCGUCUUGUCACUGAUUUCACUACAGCAAUUCAUAUCAUCAGUAUUGUAGCUGCUGAAGGUCUUCUGAUCCUUCGUACAUAUGCGUUCUGGAAACAGAGCAAGAAGCUUUUGGCAGUGUUACUGGUCUUGGCAGCAAUUUGCAUUGCGUGUGGUGUCGGUAUCACAAAUUUUGUCGGUGGCCUACUAGACGCGCCCGUAAACCCUUCAGCUCCCCCCACAGGCAACUGCAAUUUUGAAACGAAUCGUGGCAGUGCCAUUCAAUAUGGCUUUCUUGUGGCCUACGAACUAUUGAGAGCCAUCUUCCAGGGCGGAGUGCGGUAUAUGACUGCCAUAAUCUUCGUUUCUGUGGUCAAUAUAGUGAUCACAUCUGCGGUGCCAUUAUCAUAUAGCGAGAUGAUGGACUUACCACAAGUUGUCCUCCAUACGACCAAGGUCGAAAAGGAACGGAAGGGAAAAACUGUGCUAACCCUCAGCUGGUGCUCCGACGAGCUACGUUACCUGGCACUUGGACAAUGCCACGUACCAGGAGAUACGGGUAGUCGCUCACCAUACGAAGUCAUGCCGGCUGCUACAAAAGCCAUGUAG